UCCUGACCUCUCCCUCCUCUCUCUCAAUCCUAGCUUUUCAUUUCUCUCUCCUCACUUCUUUCGCACCCUGUUCUCUCUCUCUUGUCGAAAGUCGAAAUAGACAUCUCGAAUCUCCCCGGCCUCACCAUCUCGUUCCGCUCUCCGCUGCCCAUCCACGGCGGCACCACCCCUAAAACCACCGCCCGUACCGUAAAUCCGUCCAGGCCGUCGGUUCUGGCGUCGGACCUGCCGAUCCGAUUUCACCGCCCUCUCUUUGCCUUCCUGUCUGUCGCUUUCUCUCAUUUUUGCUUCGAACAUAUUUUUCUUCUUUUUUAUUUUUUAUUAUUUUCAGAUUUACAUUUUUAGCCUUACUUGUUAAUGAUAUUUACUGGUCAUAAUAACCAAGCGGGCCUCCCAUUCUCUCGUCUCUUGCUUACCCUUUAAAAAAUUAAAAUUCCUAGAGCUGAGGUGGCAUGCUUUCCACAGAGCGAUCCUCGAGUGCAAUGUCGAACAACCACCACCACCACCCCCGUCGCGUUUUGACGCCCGGGGUGUCAAGGAAGCGUAAAGAGAGAGAGGGUUUUGACGCCCACGCCCUCAAAGUGUCAACCACGACAACGACGGCUUCCAAGGAAGAGCCGGCUUCGGCUAACAAGCUACUAGCCGGGUAUCUGGCUCAGGAGUUCCUUAGAAAGGGGACACUUCUUGGUCAGAAGUGGGACCCGGCUCGGGCGGAGGCAACGCCCAUCGAAUCCAGAAAACCGAACCCGGGCAUCCUGAACCACCACCACCAUCAACAGAAGGCUGCAGAAGCCGCGGAGCUGAAGCCGCCGACGAGGAACGCAGCAGCAUCGGUUAAGCAUCCGAGCUACGACGACGUGGCGAGACUACUGAAGGCGGAUGGGACCCAUAUCGCCGGUAUUGUCAACCCGAAGCAGCUCGCAGAGUGGCUACAGAUGCGAGGGACCAGAGGGGAGCAGGGUUAGGGAUACACGUGGCGCACUUUCAUUGGAACUGAAUUCGUGGCUCAUUACGUACGGACGCAAGCGUACGCUCUUUUUUUUUUUUUUUUUUUUGCGCAUGUACGAGUCUCUCGAGGGAGAGUGGGAGGAGGGAGGAAUUGUAGACUGGUAAGUGACCAGAGAAUGAACCACACAUGGCAGAGAAAGAGUGAACAAAACGUUUGAAGCGCUCUUUCUUUCUCUUAUCUUCAUUUCUUUUUUUUUUUUAGUUUUAUUCUUUUUUGUUGUUUGUUCAUUUCUCCUGUAGCUGUUCUGUUAACCUUGUAAAAUUCCAUGGACAACCCAUCUUGAAGCAGAUAGACGUAAAAGCUGGAAUCCCUUUUUUUGUGUGUUUCA